AUGAAGAUUGCCAUUAUUGGUGGAGGCAUCAGUGGAUGCGCAAUAUAUCUCGCCUUGAAGAAGCGCCUCCCACAGCCUCCAGCACCUGCGGAUGAGCAUCAGUAUACUAUUUUUGAAGCCUACGACACUCCGCGGAACCGUCCUACUCAAAUUACCCCAGGCGAGGCCCAUUCCGCGACGCUCGUGGUUGGUGGAGGUAUUGGACUUCACCCAAAUGGAGUAAGAUCUUUGCAGCGCCUUAACGAGGACCUCGCUCGAGAUGUACAACGUGCAGGACAUCUUUUCAAAGAACAAAGGUUUAUCAGUGCAUACGGCUGGAUGCUGGCCCGAAUGCCUUGCGAAUUCAGCGGUAUCCAGUCCAUCUCAUUGAGCCGCCACGCUCUGUGGAAUUGCCUACGCAGCUACGUUCCCGAUGACGUUAUAGUGACAAAGAGAGUGUCUCAAGUCAUUGCCAAUGCGAAUGGAAGAAGUGUUGUUAAGUUUGCUGAUGGUACUUCGGAUGUUGAAGCAGACUUGAUUAUUGGCGCUGAUGGUUUGAGGAGCCCGACAAGAAGAGCUUUGUUUCCCGACGCUUCGGAAGACCUAUAUCCUCCUAUUUUUAGGCAAGUAAUCAGACCUCCCUCGAGACUCUGUAGGUUCCUAAUUGAACCAAUGAUCUUGCUUAGCGGACUUGUUGGGGUUGGAGGAGUAAUGCAAUCCGAUGAAUUUAAAACUUUUAUCGAGCCAAGUACCAUGAAUUUCAUAUUUGGGGGGAACGGCUUUUGUGGGUAUUCCUUUGUACAGUCACCGGAGGUCUCGCCAGAACGCCCCAGCACGAUGCAAGCCGGUGACACGGCGUCUGAUAACACAAUAAUGUGGUGGUCAACUUACCAAAUGGACAGUUGCCCAGACCCCAAAUCUGUAGACAAAGAAGCCAUAUUGCGAGACUUACAUACCCGACUUGACUCCUGGAAAGACCCAGCCAUCAAGAAGAUUCUCAGUAUGGCCCAAAUUCAAACAAUUUUCCCCCAAAACUCAACUCCAGAACUGCCCACCUGGUCCCGAGACGGUGUCAUACUCAUUGGGGACGCCGCGCACACACUCACACCCACUUCAGGACAGGGAACAUGUCAGGCUUUGGAGGACGUCGAGUGCUUUUCGAUGCUUUUUGCUCACCUACUAAAACAGAUAUAUAACACUUCAAAAAAUAUAUCCUUGUGCGAUAUUGCUACAGUUGAGAAAGAAGCAAUUGCUCAGACGAUGGCAAAACACAUGGAGAUCCGCCAGCCACGUGUUCGGGCUAUUCAGGAAAGGGCAAAAGGUUUCGAUAACAACAAAAAGAAUAUUAGCAAAGUGGCCGAGUUUAUAAUGUACCUUGCCUUGUUCAUCAUGGGUAAGCUACCAACGCCUGCAUGGCUGACGCAAUUGUGGGCGUACGACAUUGCCGAUGAGGUCAACAAUGAGAUCCAGAAGAUGGGGGCAAAGAAUCCGGAAGUCUAG